GCGUGUUGAACGUACAAGUUCGAAAGCAGCAGCGACCAAGCGAAAAUCAUAAGAAAAAAAUAUUGAAAAAAAAACACCAAAAUAUAAAUACAAAAGGCAAACAGUGAAAGUGUCUGGCAAAAUAAAUGAGCAGCUUAACAAUUUAACGGAAAUUGUGUGCGGAAUUGAAAAUAAAAUUUACCGUUAACUUGUGUUUGAAGGACUUCAAACACAGUGCAGCGGAGAUCAACAGCAUUAAUUGAGUGGAAAACCAAAAACCGCACAAAGUGACCACACAACGGGCAUAUUAAAUAGAAAUACGCUUGUUUACAAAUAUAACGGUAAACAUUAUUUAUGUAUGUGCUACAGCAGAAGUUGAACUAACGUUGCUUUUUUUAUUGAAAAACUUGUUUUGGAAAAUCCGCGUAGUUUGGCAGUUCUUAAGUUCUUAAGAAAAUUGCAACUUUUCAAUAACAACAACAGUGUUUGUUGUUUACAAAAGCAACAAGCAAGCUUAAGCAUAACAACCACACAGUUACAGUUAGCGGGUCGCCAUUGAGGAAGGAAGUGCUGCAACAUUUUUGCGCGCGGAAAUUGCCUAAAUACUUUUGCACCAAUUAGAGCGCCAGCAAAGCGCAUAAAACCAUUUGCAUAUUUGACUGCGGCGAAACACAGCAAAACGUUAGCGUGGAUUAAAAAAUACAACAAAAACAACAAGUAAACACAUUUGGCAACUGCUGUUGGCGGAGAAGACAACAUUUUGGCAGUAAAUAUUUGUGAACGAACGACAAGUGACAGCAGCCAACAGACAAAAACAGCAACAACAAACAGUCGUGCUUGGCAUUUUGUUGCUUGUUUGAAGGGAGAAUUAUAAAAUAGAGAAGGCGGGAUAGAAGAGAUAGAAGAUAAAACGGGAGAGAAGGGUGGCAAACACUCCAGAAAACGCUAAAAGUCAAUAUUUUAGAGGACAAAAAGACGAAAGUAAAGCAAAUAGGAGGAAAAACAAAGAAGUCAGCGUGACGAGCUUUAAACUCACACACACGCACGCAAACAAAGCGCCGUUGAAUGCAAAUAUUAGUGUUAUAAAACAUUGUGUGCACGCCUCACAGCUUUCGCUGGCAAUACAUGCGAGUGUGUGUGUUUAUAUUUGUAUGUAUGUGUGCGCUAUUCCCCCGGCAGCAGAGCAGCUCUUAAGGCGAAUCAAGCAGAACACUCUGUCAUUGUUGUAAAUUAUCCAGCGGAUAUUUAAUACACACAAGAUGUUGCAAAAAGCGCCUUAAAGCGUGCUAAAGAAACAGCAGAAAGCCGCAGUGACAGCGCGACAAUUGAGCCAGAGCAGGCUUGAUUGCUAAAACAACAACUACAAAGCGGUGGCUGCUUGAUUUAUAGCAACGCGCCGCGAAAUACGAGCGCGACAGUACAACAACAACAAGCGCGACAGCACAUUAACUACAUUUGGUGCAGCCACAGAACACGACAACAAAAAAAACAAGAAAACAACAACAAAAAAAGCAAGAAAACAACAACAACAAAAUAAAAAUCGUGAAGCGCUGAGCUCAAACGAAAAUCACCCGAAGUCAUAAAGCGCACAAGCAGCGCCGCGCUGAGCCGAAAAGUGCGCAAACGAGUUGCUGCUUCGACACAAGCAAAGCAAGAAAAGCGGCAAAGUAGAGCUUUGCUUAUCAGAAGCGUGUAAAUUGUAGUUGAACACACUCGCGCAUCAUUCUGGUAUUGCAGCAGUUGUGACACAAUUUGAGCUGCAGUUGUCACACCACUUGCUCGCGAAACCCUCACCUGUAGUGCAACAAUAUACUUGAGCGCCGCUGCGAGUGCGCUGUAAACACCCUUUGGCUUUUGGAAUUUGCACACGUCUUCACGCGCCAGCUUUACUCGCACAACAAUUGCUGCUUACGACGCCAAGAUGCGCGGCCGCCACCUACGCAGACGUUUCAGCUUGCAGCCGUCCUUUAUGAAGGAUGACAGCUCGGAGGAUAAACCGAAACGCGACAAAGUUGGGCGCAACAAUGCCGUGGAUGACGCCAUUGGACCCGCUAACGCACGUCACAAAAUCGUUGUUAUGGGUGCGGCCAAAGUGGGCAAAACUUCCAUAAUCACACAAUUUCUGUACAACACAUUCACCACGAAAUACAAAAGGACCAUCGAGGAAAUGCAUCAAGGCAACUUUUCAAUUGCCGGCGUUAGCCUGACGCUGGACAUUCUAGAUACGGCCGGCUCCUAUGAGUUUCCUGCAAUGCGCGCGCUCUCCAUCUCAUCGGCGGAUGCAUUCAUUCUGGUGUAUGAUGUCACCGAUGCGUCCACAUUCGAGGAGGUGCGCAUGAUACGCGAUCAAAUACACGAGACCAAAGCGACCACAGCUGUGCCCAUUGUGGUGGUGGGCAAUAAAAUUGACCUAGUUGCCGAGAAGGAGGACGCCAGGAAGGUUGAAUAUGCCACCACUGAAUCGGUGGUCACUCUAGACUGGGAGAAUGGCUUUGUCGAAGCGUCUGCGGCGAAGAAUGAAAACAUCACACAGGUCUUCAAAGAGCUGCUAUCACAGGCGAAAAUCACGUACAAUCUGAGUCCAGCACUGCGGCGCCGACGACAAUCGUUGCCACAGCAAGUGGGCAAUAAUGGAGCGGGCACGCCCACCCAUCACCAUCAUCCAUCACAUGCAGCCAACACGUCGGCAGCGGGCAGUGCACACGGCUCCACAUUGCCAUCGCAUGCGCCAACAGCCGCGCAAAUACAACAUUUGCAGAGGAUACAGGAGCGGAGCUUGGGCAGCAAACGGAAUUCGUGCACAAUAUCCUAAAGUCAAUAUGCAGCAGCGAUGGGAGCGGCCGUGGCAGUGACGAACUACUGAAGAAAUGCACAUUUAUCUGCAAAUGCAUACAUACAUACACACAAAUAGGUAAAUAAAGACUCGCCCAUACACUAAGCGACAAUUGAAGGUUUUCAGUCACAAGUAAAUAUUAGAAUUAAAUUUCAUUCCCGUUUUUUGUUUGUUAGUUCAUUUCUACUUCUUCUUUAUUGGCGUAGACACCGCUUACGCGGUUAAAGCCGAGUUCACAACAGCAAGGCUAUUUUCAUCUUUUGGGGGUGUUUUCUACGUGACGUUUUCCAAACCCAGCAUACAACCCUGGGUAGGGAUUGUUCGCCUUCAAACGGAUUCUUUUUGGAUACCCAGAGGAUACUUAGUCUAAGACCGGGAGUCGUGAGCUGCUUGAGCCAUAUGUAAAAAGAAUCGUUUCUGGUCAUUCCCAAGUAAAUGGCGGUCAGAGAACUUUCCUCACUUGCGUGAACUUUUACACAUGACUCCAUCCUCUAAUUAUUAUUAUAUUAUUUCAUUUAACAUUUGGUAUUUCGAUUAUAGAAUAAGACAGAAUUUACCAUUAUUUUUAUUUUACUCGCCUUAGGCUCCACUUAUUAUUUUUUUGAUGAUACAACCCCGUUUUUUCAACAGAAUUUAAACCACGAUUGUAUAGUUUUAUCGAUUCUUGGUCGCUUGAAACUGCAAAGCACCCUUGCCCCACUCACUUUGGAGCGGAACGAAUUGAUUCUCUGUUAUCAUCUUGCAUUCUUGGCGACCAGCACCUGUGCGAAAUCCUUUCGGCCUAUUCUAUGUUACAAGGUAGGAGAUCCACUGAUUCAUUAGGAGAUCUACUCAACCUUAGACAAGUUAUCUUGUCGCAAUCAUUGGAGUUCUUAUAGGACAUUUUCAAAAGGCAUACAUGUGUAAAGGCUAAAGAUCUUGUCGGGCGCAAAAUGUAAAAGUUGAUGAAGGACGAUAAGGUGGUAAUAUGCAGAUACUUUCUUCUCUAUUGUCUAGCCUUUGCAAGACUGAUAUUGAAACAUCUCGGCAAUCAUAUCUUCGGCGAACCAGGAGACAUAGCAGAAACUGACCUUAGCCGCCUCAACAAAUUUGAUAUCGGCACAAAACACUUUAUCGGUUUAUGGAGGGGUGUUUAUGAUUUUAUGAUUACUUUUUGUAGGAGUUUUAGUAAACACAACGGGCAGGAAUUCUAAGCUAUCCAAACUCAUCCCGCGAUAUGAGUAAAGUGGCUCGAACUUAUAUCCUCAAGUUUGGAUACCAAAAAUUGCCCGGACGCAGAUAGAUCAUUGUGAAUGCCGUUAUGUAUAAAAUGGCUCUCUUCUUCUCCUUCUUCUUCUUUAAUGGCUCUCAAUUGUCCUCCAUAGUUUUGGCCUUGUUUGUGUUACAUGAAAUGUGGGCACUACAUACAAUGAUGACUUCUUUUAAGAUGAGAAGUAACUUCAACGUACUGAUUCAUUCCCUCUUAUUAUGAUUUUCGGUAAUUUACACUUAAACGCUAAUCCCACAGAUUUUGAAGCAUAUAUUUUUUAUAGUUCUUUCCCCCCGUUCCUUAUCUCAGCAGUCAAGCGAUUUAUUCCUAAUCCAAAAAAAAGAGAAUGAAAAACAAAUAAGAUAUUGUCAGUUCAGGAAGUGUACGGAGUUUCUGUCGAAAUUUCCUGGUGGCCAUCAUUCAAUACUUCAUGUUCAGGGUAUGAGGUUCCAGGUUCACUCUUAAAUCUUCCACAUUCAGUUUCUAGCCUCGAUACAAUUGAAGUUAACGUUUCUUCUUCUUCUUUAUUUCAAAAAAUCAUUAGACAUGAAAAUCACCCGAAUGUUUACAAUAUAAAAUUUUGUCAAUAAAAACUCAGCUGUCACCUUUCCCUCGCCGCUUAGUGUACUCACAUAAGUUUAGCAUAUGAAAGAAUGGGCACACAAAAAACGAGCAGCACAACUUCGUAAUGGACAUUGAUUACGGCAGCUAAAAGCAAAUGUUUGUAUGUAUUGUAAACUAUUGCGAUAUAACAAUGCAAAUGUACAGUUAUGCUAACACUGCAUAUGUAUCUGUGCAUUUCUGCGCGUCAGUGAACAGUGCUAUAACAAAUAUUAGAAUAAACAUUAGAUUUAUAUAAACAUAUAUA